AUAUAAUUUGAAGAUUACAAAUCAGGGUGGAGUUCGUGGUGGAGGUCGUGGUUCUGGUAUGGGUGCUUCUGGUGAGGGUGGUGGUGUUGAGGGUGAGGGUGGAUUUGGUGAGGAUGAGGGUGAGGCUACCGGUGAGGACGAGGCUGCCGUCGAGGGCGAGGUUGAGGCUGAGGCUGCCGGUGAGGGUGCUGGUGUUGAUAUUGCUGCUGGUGAGGAUGUGGUCGAGGGCGAGGUUGGGGCUGAGGCUGCCGGUGAGGGUGCUGGUGCUGAUAUUGCUGCUGGUGAGGAUGUGGGUGAAGGUGCUGGUGAUGGAAGGGUGCCAAGGGGUUGUCGAUCCUCAUCCUCCUCCACUUGAAGAGGAUGAUGAAGAAUAUGAGUUUGGUGAGGGUGCUGGUGCUGAUAUUGCUGCUGGUGAGGAUGUGGGUGAAAGUGAUGGAAGGGUGCCAAGGGGUGGUCAGUGGGCAAGGGUUGAAAGGGUGCAGAGAAAUCGAAUUCCUGUGCAUCGCCUUUCUUCUCCGUAUUUCUGCAGAGGAAGAACUAUAAGAAGACCACAGGGACACUCUCAAAUUCCCCUCGAAGUUGUCGAUCCUCAUCCUCCUCCACCUCAAGAGGAUGAUGAAGAAUAUGAGUUUGGUGAGGCUACCGGUGAGGCUACCGGUGAGGCUGAGGCGCAUGAGGCGCCUGCUGUUGUGGUUGAGCCUGCCGGUGAGGGUGCUGGUGCUGAUAUUGCUGCUGGUGAGGAUGUGGGUGAAAGUGAUGGAAGGGUGCCAAGGGGUGGUCAGUGGGCAAGGGUUGAAAGGGUGCAGAGAAAUCGAAUUCCUGUGCAUCGCCUUUCUUCUCCGUAUUUCUGCAGAGGAAGAACUAUAAGAAGACCACAGGGACACUCUCAAAUUCCCCUCGAAGUUGUCGAUCCUCAUCCUCCUCCACCUCAAGAGGAUGAUGAAGAAUAUGAGUUUGGUGAGGCUACCGGUGAGGCUGAGGCGCAUGAGGCGCCUAUUGUGGUUGAGCCUGCCUGUGAGGGUGUUGGUGCUGAUAUUGCUGCUGGUGAGAAUGUGGGUGAGGCUGAGGCGCAUGAGGCGCCUGUUGUUGUGGUUGAGCCUGCCGGUGAGGGUGCUGGUGCUUAUUGCUGCUGCUGAUGAGGAUGUGGGUGAAGGUGCUG